AUGGAGAACGCACACACCAAGACGGUGGAGGAGGUGCUGGCCAAUUUCAGCGUGAACGAGAGCACAGGGCUGGGCCUGGAGCAGGUCAAGAAGCAGAAGGAGAGAUGGGGCCCCAACGAACUACCGGCAGAGGAAGGGAAAACAUUAUGGGAGUUGGUGAUUGAACAGUUUGAAGAUUUAUUAGUUAGAAUAUUGCUACUCGCUGCCUGUAUAUCGUUUGUACUGGCAUGGUUUGAGGAAGGUGAAGAAACAAUUACAGCCUUUGUAGAACCUUUUGUAAUUUUACUUAUUUUAGUAGCAAACGCCAUUGUGGGUGUUUGGCAGGAAAGAAAUGCUGAAAAUGCUAUUGAAGCACUCAAGGAAUAUGAGCCUGAAAUGGGUAAGGUGUACCGACAGGACAGAAAAAGUGUCCAGCGGAUUAAAGCCAGAGAUAUUGUUCCUGGGGACAUUGUCGAAGUUGCAGUUGGUGACAAAGUACCAGCAGACAUAAGGCUAACUUCUAUCAAGUCUACAACAUUAAGAGUAGAUCAGUCAAUCCUAACUGGUGAGUCUGUGUCUGUUAUCAAACACACUGACCCUGUCCCUGAUCCACGUGCUGUAAAUCAAGACAAAAAGAACAUGCUCUUUUCUGGUACAAAUAUUGCUGCUGGCAAAGCAAUUGGAGUAGUUGUAGCAACAGGAGUCAACACUGAAAUUGGGAAGAUUCGAGAUGAAAUGGUAGCAACUGAACAAGAGAGGACUCCACUGCAACAGAAGUUGGAUGAAUUUGGGGAACAACUUUCCAAAGUUAUCUCUCUAAUUUGUAUUGCUGUCUGGAUCAUCAAUAUUGGACACUUUAAUGAUCCAGUUCAUGGAGGCUCUUGGAUCAGAGGUGCCAUCUACUACUUCAAAAUUGCCGUUGCCCUUGCUGUUGCUGCUAUCCCUGAAGGUUUGCCUGCGGUUAUUACCACUUGUUUGGCUCUGGGUACUAGAAGAAUGGCCAAGAAAAAUGCUAUUGUUAGAAGCUUGCCAUCUGUUGAAACAUUAGGUUGUACAUCGGUUAUCUGCUCUGACAAGACGGGAACUCUAACCACUAACCAGAUGUCUGUGUGUAGGAUGUUUAUUGUUGAUAGAGUUGAAGGUGAUAAUUGCUUUCUGAAUGAGUUUUCUGUAACGGGCUCCACGUAUGCUCCCAUGGGAGAAGUGUUGAAAGAUGACAAACUAGUGAAAUGUCACGAGUAUGAAGGCCUAACAGAGCUUGCCACCAUCUGUGCACUUUGUAACGAUUCAUCUUUGGACUUCAAUGAGGCAAAGGGAGUUUAUGAGAAAGUUGGAGAAGCUACAGAGACUGCUCUUACUUGUCUGGUUGAAAAAAUGAAUGUAUUUGACACAGAUCUAAAGGGACUCUCCAGAAUAGAGCGUGCCAAUGCUUGCAACUCGGUUAUUAAACAGCUAAUGAAGAAGGAAUUUACAUUGGAGUUCUCAAGAGAUAGGAAAUCUAUGUCUGUUUACUGCACACCAAACAAACCAAGUCGCACUAACAACAGAAUGUUUGUCAAGGGUGCUCCUGAAGGUUUAAUAGAUCGUUGUACUCAUAUUCGUGUUGGAAGUGCAAAACUACAGUUAACACCUGGAAUUAAACAGAAGAUUAUGAGUGUGAUCAGAGAGUGGGGCACAGGCCGAGACACUCUGCGCUGCUUGGCUUUGGCAACCCAUGAUAAUCCCCCACGGAAAGAAGAAAUGAAUCUCGAGGAAUCUUCCAAUUUCAUUACUUAUGAGACCAAUCUGACUUUUGUUGGCUGUGUUGGAAUGCUGGACCCUCCUAGAACCGAAGUUGCUGCAUCGGUGAAAAUGUGUCGUCAGGCUGGAAUCCGCGUGAUUAUGAUUACUGGUGACAACAAAGGAACAGCAGUUGCAAUUUGUCGACGUAUUGGUAUCUUCCGUGAAGAUGAGGAUGUUUCUGAUAAGGCUUUCACAGGUCGCGAGUUUGAUGAGUUGUCUCCUGCUGUACAAAGGGAAGCUUGCAUGAAUGCACGCUGCUUUGCUCGUGUAGAACCUUCACACAAGUCCAAAAUUGUUGAGUUUCUGCAGUCUUUUGAUGAGAUCACAGCCAUGACUGGAGAUGGAGUCAAUGAUGCCCCUGCAUUAAAAAAAGCAGAGAUUGGAAUAGCUAUGGGAUCUGGGACUGCAGUGGCCAAAACGGCUUCAGAAAUGGUGCUGGCUGAUGAUAACUUUUCUACAAUUGUGGCUGCUGUUGAGGAAGGGCGAGCCAUCUACAACAACAUGAAACAGUUCAUUCGGUACCUCAUCUCUUCAAAUGUCGGAGAAGUGGUUUGCAUUUUCCUGACAGCUGCCCUUGGAUUUCCUGAGGCAUUAAUUCCUGUCCAGCUGUUGUGGGUUAACUUGGUGACGGAUGGUCUUCCUGCAACUGCACUGGGUUUCAAUCCACCAGAUCUGGACAUCAUGAACAAGCCACCCCGUAAUCCUAAGGAACCACUCAUAAGCGGCUGGCUCUUCUUUCGCUACCUUGCUAUUGGAUGUUAUGUUGGUGCCGCUACAGUUGGUGCUGCUGCCUGGUGGUUUAUUGCUGCUGAUGAUGGACCAAGAGUGACUUUCUAUCAACUGAGCCAUUUCCUUCAGUGCAAAGAGGACAACCCAGAUUUUGAGACUGUUCAGUGUGAAAUCUUUGAGUCUCCUUACCCAAUGACAAUGGCUCUGUCAGUCCUUGUCACUAUUGAAAUGUGUAAUGCCUUGAACAGCUUGUCUGAAAACCAGUCUCUUCUGAGAAUGCCUCCAUGGGAGAAUGUGUGGCUUCUGGGCUCAAUUUGCUUAUCCAUGUCCCUCCAUUUCCUAAUUCUUUAUGUUGAACCGUUUACCUCUCAUCUUCCAAAUCACUCCAUUGAAUCUGACUCAGUGGUUGAUGGUGCUGAAAAUUUCAUUACCGGUCAUUCUUCUGGAUGAGACACUUAAAUUUAUUGCCCGUAACUACUUGGAACCUGGUAAAGAGUGUGAAAAGCCUGCCGCCAAACCGUGCACUUUUUCAGCAUGCACUGAGGGAAUUUCUUGGCCGUUUGUGUUCAUUACCUUACCUCUGGUUAUCUGGCUUUAUAGCACCGACACUAACAUUACUGAGAUGUUUUGGUCUUGA